AUGGCCAGAUUCGGGAAAAAGCGACGCGCCAGCUCGGUCGAAGAUGGAGACGAGAUGGAAGAACCAAUGACCAACGCGCCGAAGAAAACAAAGAGCAACGCCGCUGGGGCACCAGCAUCAGGCAAGGAUGAUGAAGGCAAUCCUUUCUGGGAGCUCUCGAACAAGCGUCGCGUCGGCAUCUCGGAAUUUAAGAAGACGUGCUUUAUCAAUGUCCGAGAAUUCUAUGAAAAGGAUGGCAAAACUCUCCCGGGAAAGAAGGGGAUUUCGCUGUCUGUUGAGCAAUACGCCGCCUUCCUCAAGGCUGUGCCCGGCAUCAACGCUGCCCUCCGCGAGCUCGGGCACCCCGUGGACGAUCUAGACGAGAGCGCCGACCAUGUAAAGGUGUCCAAGCAAUCGAAAGAAAAGACCAAGGCUGCCAAGACCAACUUUGAAGCUACCAGCGACGAAGAUAAUGCUGAUUAG